UCAAGCCCAAAAGAAACAAGAUGAGAACAAAAACAUUGCAGCAACGUGGGACAGCAGCCCAACAAGCAGCAAGGAAAAAGCUUGAGUGUACAGUCAUUAAGCAUGACCAAGGCAGAGCAGCCAGCAGGCUCAAGAGAAAGCAAAACACAGAAAGGCUGAGACGGAUGCAUAAAUGCCCAUCCAGUUUCAAGCAGCAGCAACAUUCAGAAUAG